UUGCGACUGGACAAUAGCGAAUGUAUCUUUCUGGUACAUACGUAUCUUUUUGUUCUACAUUUAUUUCCCUUUUUGCGUCAUUUGUUCCUUCCUUUCAGGGCCGACUCAUCGAACGAAGCGCCAGUGGCCAAUGGACUGACCGAAUUCGGAGAGAAAGUGGUUCGUGAGAUGAACCGUUUGGGCAUGAUCGUGGACCUGUCCCAUGUGGGUGAGAACAGCACCAGGGCCGCCAUCCGGCUGUCCAGAGCGCCCGUCGUCUUCAGCCACUCCUCGGUCUACAGCCUCUGCAACCACAAGCGUAACGUUCCUGACGAUAUCAUCCAAUCCUUGAAGGACAAUGGUGGCAUUAUAAUGGUGAAUUUCUUCCCGGACUUCGUGAAGUGCGCUCCCAACGCUACCAUCUCCGAUGUGGCCGAACACUUCCACUACAUCAAACGCAUGAUCGGAUCGGACUUCGUGGGUAUCGGCGGCGACUUCGAUGGCGUUAAUAGGGUGCCCCGUGGCCUGGAGGACGUGUCUCGCUACCCGGAGCUGUUCGCCGAGCUGCUCCGCAGCGGACUCUGGAACGUGCAGGAGCUGAAGAACCUGGCUGGCCUGAACAUGCUGCGCGUCAUGAGAGCCGUCGAGAAGGUCCGUGAUGAGAUGCGCACUAACGGCGUGGAACCGGAGGAACAUCCCGACUCGCCGAACGACAACGGAAAUUGCACCAGCAACGCUUUCUACACCGAAUACGUGUAAAUGGCCCACACGACACGCGACUGCAAAUUCCAACACUAUUUCUUUGUCAUACGAUUCAAUUUACUUUAGCUAAACAAAUGUCAAUCAACCAAAUAUGAUUCUAGUAUUUGGAUGCUGUGAUAGGGUAAUGCAAAAAUACGUGAGCUUGUCUGAUGGCUGAAUCUGAAUAAUACUCAUGGAAUCAAAAGUCCUAGCACUAGUCCCGUCUCUACAUUAAGUUUUAACUCAAGCGCGAGAUCUCAAUUAGAAAUCCUUUCAGUACCGAAGCAAGCAACUUUAAUUAUUCUAGUACGUUGGUUCGCAGACAAACAUAAUUGCAUUCUAUUGAAGCGCACCACGGUUUUGAAUGAAUGCCACGGUAGGGAUCGGCGCUCAAAUCAAGCAUAAACUUGAUUGUCCCAGGAUCAACUGCGGUUCGUUUUCUCUUGGAGUUCUCGUCUUCAAUAAAUCGAACUCAUUUGCGUUGAAACCAACAGUUUCGUAAACUUGAACAGUUUUGAUUCAGAAUUCUGCCAGCUUGAACGACGAUAAAGUUGUUUGUAACAAUCGGUACUGAAAGAGAACAUGUCUUGAGUUUUGUGAUUCAAAUCGUAAUGAAAAGGCAGAUAAUAUUUUCGAAAUAACAAUAUUUUUCGACAAAGCAAAAUGAAAUCAAUCCAAAAAUUAUUUCCGAAAUUACCGAUUUGUCGUUCACGAUAUUUCAAAAGCUCAAUGUGACAUUUUUAUUCUCAUAAAUUUAAUAUUUGGAACGAAAUUACUGCGGCAAAUUCAAAAGAUGAAAGAAUAUUUUAUGUUCGGAAAAUAGAAAUUUCGUGCCCCAAUUUGCAGUCGCGUACACCGAGCGAUACAGCCAGCGGACCGUGAGUUCAAUCCGACAGUUUGAUUCCAAUUGAUGCGUGUUUAACUUGAUAAAUGUCUGUAUACCAAUAAGCGACCGUUCACACUUGUUCGCUAUAACAUGAAAGAGAAAAAACACCGGUUCUCAAUGAACCUUCUCUUUACAGUUCACUGUGUCAUAAUAAUCCGUGAUUCCAACAUUGUUAUUAAUACCGAUUUCGAUAGCGUAAUUAAUAUUAGUAUCGCUAUUAAUUAAUACCUUAAUUGCUUAUGCCAAAAGCAUCAGAUCCAUUGUAUCUGUGUGUGUACAUGUUGGAUUCGUAAUCCGAUGUAAUGGAGACCAAAAUGGCCGACCCUAAUCUAUUUGGUGGGCAGUAGUAUCAAUGCAUGAAAAUAUACGAUAGGGGACAAGUGUGGAAAGUCUAUAACCGAUGCCGUAGUCGAUAUGUGUCUGUUUAGUUUAAUAUUCAGGAUAACGAUUGUCAUAAUUCAAAAGCCUAGGUCGGGUUCCGAUAUUAGAAGACCCAGAUUUAGUUCCUCGGAUAUUAGUUCCAUAAAUCUACUCAUCUCUCAACAUGGACUAAGUUCUUUUAUGUAGUCUGCAUCUCUCGGCUCUAUAUUAUCGUUUCCACGAAGCAGACUUUUAAAAGUUCCAGUUAUGAGAAUACUGGAGGAGUUUAAAGUUCAUAAAUCCGAACAUAGUUUUGAAGUCAGUGCAAGAUCUCUUCAUUAUGCCGGCUUGAAUGUUCAUGACAAUUAAGCAAAUUAAGUGCAAGACUUAACUGAAAACUACUGGUUUUAUAAUGUACCGUUUCAAAUAUGAUUACGACUGUACUUUGGAAUAAAUUACUUUUGCUAUAUGAUUACGAUGCGUUUCUUUUCGAUAUCGUAAUCAAUUUCAUAGUCGGUACUUAAAAUUCUUUCAGAUUAAAUACAGACGUUACGGAAUUUUUAUUGAAACGGCCGUAUUCUGCAUCGGGUAUCGUCCGGUAAGCCCUCGCUACGGUUUCCAAUUUCGUCGGAAUUCAAUUAUUCGAAAUGAUAUCUGGCCAAACGGCCGGGAAACAAUUUAGUGCUAAACUGGCCGCAAUUAAUUAUUUUGUGCGAUUAAUUUUAUUAAACUAUCCCUACUUUGUGUUGGACAUUUCGCCGCAUUCCGCGUCCCCAACUUGUCGGAAUUGGCGGUUGUUUUGUUCGCGCGUAUUUCGGUGUCUAUAUCACAUGUAAUUCGGUAUUUAAUGACCAAUGACAAGUGUUUUACAGUAAUUAUUUGGCAUCCAAUAUCGCGUUCGUGGUAAAUUCGUUGGAGUGUAUUCACGCUUCGGAAUUUUAUUCCGAUUCCAAUCCAAAUUUCGUUCAUUGUUCGAUUCCAGUUGACAUCGUUUAACGAAAAGUUUCCUUCAGCGUCGUAAGUUUGAUUUUUGAGGGCCCUUGCUAGACUAGUCCCUGCCAAAUAUUCUCUUGAAGAAUUAACAAGGUACCGAGAGACCGUUUCAUGGAUCGUUUGACGCCUGUCCAAUCAUUCCAAUAAUUCCGUUCGUUGCGGAAUGACAAUCAAUUAAUUAGCAGCAUUAUACAUUGUUACAGAGAGAUGAUUAAGGGGAUUAGCGGUUGUAAUAACAUCACACAACGUCCGGUAAUCCUACGUGCAUUUCGUUAAUGCUCUUUAUAAUGUCGGUUUGUUCCGCUUUGGUUUUUGAAUUAUGACGGUUGUACGUAUGUGUACUGUAUUAGAUAAUCAAGUAUAUGUAAUAAAUGUUGUAGAUGCAUUAGCUGUAACUCUGUGAACUUUGCACUUCUCCCUUUUAGAUGGCGUUCACAUAUCACCGACAGAUCCUUGGUACUCUACUCUCUCUGAUAAUACGACUCCUAUCUCUUCCGUUCUCUUUCCUAAGGUUGCAUUAUCAGGGGAGCUUAGAUAGAGAACUAUAAAUUGGAAUUAAAUGAUGGUUCAAGAACGAAGUAAAAUACUUAAAGGAUGAUUAAAGGGAAAAUAAUGAAAAACAUUUUAUUUUACUAUUGUAAUUUAAAAUGAAAACUAAUCGGAAUGUUCUAGGGGCGUAGGUAGCGAAUAAAAUUUAUAAAAAAAAUAACGUAACAAACAUUUCGGUUUCGUUCGUUGAUUUCUUAUAUUUCUACUUUUACGUUUAAUUAAAAGGAAUUGAAAGUUAAAUGGGGUAUAGAGGGUUUGUUAACUUCACCGCUUUCUAGUAAUUUGUGUAGUUAUUAUUAUAAUUAGUUAUAAGUUACCAUCAUUUUACAUGUGGAAAUGACAACACGUGUAGUUUCUUAUAUUAAGUUGAAUUUAAAUCGGGCAGGAGUCUCGGGGCUUAAUAAACGCGAGAGGGUUGAACAAUGCAAGUUAUGAAUAUAAUAAUACCUAUAUUUAUUGAUCUUCAGGAAUUAAUGAAUCGUACUAAAGUUUGCAAGCAUUAAAUGCUAGCGGGCCGAAUAGAACAACGGCGCCUGAAGCCACCGGACCCGACGGCCGUCUGGCUCCCGUCUGGCACGGGUCCGACCCGCGUCCGGCUCGUGACCGGCACGGAUCCGUCUCGAGUCGCUCUCCGAAGCUAAAAGCUAGUAUACCAUUUAGGGUAAGGUAUAAAGUUGUGAUGAAGAUUGUAGGGCCAGAAUGACCUAAACUUUUUAUAACUUCUUUAACAGUUUGAUAUAAAAAACUGUAUCUUUAUUUUAUAAUUUUGUACUAACGUAAAGUGUUUCAUUGCCACACGGAGGGUACUUUACAUCACAACUGUUGUCACCAUGACAAUACUAAAGUCGACUUUAAAAAUAAAACUGAAUGCUGUGAAUUUCUUAAUGUAUAUUUAAAUAGGAUUUUAAUAUAUAACGAUGAUGUAGAACGACUAUUUCUUAUAUGAUGUGACUGAACGAUUUUUGAACCUGUACUGAUCUUUGAUCUAAAGAUUUUCUUCUGAAAUCUGAUUGUUAGUUCGUGUCUACCGUACAUACAUGUAAAGUCAAGCGCACUAUCGGACAUUAUAAUAAAAUACACAUGUUACAAAAUAUUUAGCUAAAACCGUUAAAACUGGGGAGAUAUUUCGACCGCAGCGCGGCGAGGCGAACGCUGCCGCAGACCGUUUUACGAUAACAAAUUCAUAUUCCGAAAUAUCGAACAGCACUAACUAAAAUUAGUGGAACAAACAGUAAUACGAUAACGGUUAACGAAAUACUUACAAACAAGAACUAUAGACAAAUGUUUGUAUUCAAAUCAAUGUAAUCUGCACAUUGCACUGUGGAGCAAAACCCUAUAGAUAAUUGGAACUGUAUAUUUGUUAAAACCAUGGAAAAUAGGAAAA